UUCGAAGAACCAAUGGCUCACGAAAAGUUAACUACCAUUCUUGGUAUUUACCGUGCUAAGGACUUCGACGAUGGUGUUAGACUCUGUAAGGAAUUAGUUACCUUCGGUGGUAAGGGUCACACUGCUGUUCUCUACACUAACCAAAACAACAAGGACAGAAUUGCCAAGUACCAAAAUGAAGUUCCAGCCUUCCACAUUUUAGUUGAUAUGCCAUCUUCUCUUGGUUGUAUUGGUGAUAUGUACAACUUCCGUUUAGCUCCAGCUCUUACUAUUACCUGUGGUACCAUGGGUGGUGGUUCCUCUUCUGAUAACAUUGGUCCAAAGCACUUACUUAACAUUAAGCGUGUUGGUAUGAGACGUGAAAACAUGCUUUGGUUCAAGAUUCCAAAGUCUGUUUACUUCAAGCGUGCUAUUCUUUCUGAAGCCUUAUCUGACUUACGUGAUACUCACAAGCGUGCUAUCAUUAUUACCGAUAGAACUAUGACUAUGUUAGGUCAAACUGACAAGAUUAUUAAGGCUUGUGAACAACACGGUAUUGUCUGUGCUGUCUACGAUAAGGUUGUUCCAGAUCCAACUAUUAAGUGUAUUAUGGAAGGUGUCAGUGAAAUGAACAUCUUCAAGCCAGAUUUAGCUAUUGCUCUUGGUGGUGGUUCUGCUAUGGAUGCUGCUAAGAUGAUGCGUUUAUUCUACGAAUACCCAGACCAAGACUUACAAGAUAUUGCUACUCGUUUCGUUGAUAUCCGUAAGCGUGUUGUUGGUUGUCCAAAGCUCGGUAAGCUUAUUAAGACUCUUGUCUGUAUUCCAACUACCUCUGGUACUGGUGCCGAAGUUACUCCAUUCGCUGUCGUUACCUCUGAAGAAGGUCGUAAGUACCCAUUAGUCGAUUACGAACUUACUCCAGAUAUGGCUAUUGUUGACCCAGAAUUCGCUGUUGGUAUGCCAAAGCGUUUAACUUCCUGGACUGGUAUUGAUGCUCUUACUCACGCCAUUGAAUCUUACGUUUCUAUUAUGGCUACUGAUUUCACCAGACCAUACUCUCUUCGUGCUGUUGGUCUUAUCUUCGAA